AUGGCCUCUCCAACUCCACCAAAGACCCUCCACACCACAACCUACGCCGCCAUCUCCCCCCUCCUCCCCUCUCUCUCCUCCUCCGGCAAAAACAUCCUCAUCACAGGCGGCGGCUCCGGAAUCGGCGCCGAAAUCGCCAAAGCCUUCGCCCUCUCCGGAGCCGCCAGUAUCGCCCUACUAGGCCGCACGGCCGCCAGCCUCGAACGGACAGCCCACGAGAUCUCGUCCACGUACCCCAAAACCACAGUCACCGCCUACGUGGCUAACAUCACCGACCUCCCAGCUCUGGAGUCCAGCAUCGCCGCGCACACCCGGGUCUAUGGCCCCUUCCACGUCCUCGUCGCAAACGCGGGUUACCUCCCCGCCGUUUCAUCCCUGCUCACCACCCCACCAGACGACUGGUUCCAAGGUUUCGAAGUCAACGUGAAAGGGAAUUUCAACCUCGUCCGCGCUUUCCUGCCCCAUGCGACGCGCAAUGCAGUGGUUCUGAGCACCUCCACCGUCGUCGCGCACCUGCCCUACGUCCCCGGUAUGUCAAGCUACGCGGCAUCGAAACUGGCAGCGGGCAAGGUAUUCGAGUAUCUCCACCACGAACAUCCAGAACUAUUCGUAUUGAGCGUGCAUCCGGGUAUGAUUCGGACGGGAAUGGCGGAUAAAGCGUUGGCGGAUGGGGUGGUGGUCACAGUUCCUUAUGACGACGUGAGUCUCCCGGCUUCGUUUAUGGUGUGGGCCGCGAGUGGGGAGGCGAAAUUUUUGAACGGCAAGUCGGUGUGGGCGGCUUGGGAUGUGGAGGAGCUCAAGGCUGAGGCUGAGGCGAUUCGUGGGUCGGAGAGGUUCACGUUGGGAUUGGUGGGAGGAGAGUGGUGA